CUCUCCCUCUUUUCCAUCGCCUGGGCACAUACCAGUGCCAGCACUUCUCGAAUCUUGGCAGAUCUUUGGCGUCCGCGUGUCGCUGAUUCAUUGAUCUGACGCAUGGGGCGUCUGCCCCGACUGCGCACCCCUUCCCCACAUCCGCCGAUCAUCUCGGGCCCUCCUACGGCAGUGUUGGCAAGGCGGCAGGCGCCGAUUCCCGCGGAGGGGAUGAGUGGCUGGUGUCGGCCGGUGAGCGGAUCUGUGCACUAUAAGAGGAUGGUGGCGUGCAGGAGCAUCCAGCCCGACGACUACGUCGCGCUGCUGCAGAGAAUGGUGAGCGAUGCACACAGACAGACGUGCAGAGAGAGGUGCAGGCAUCGUUGUGGCUGUGCAGGUUGGCGAGUAUCCGCUAGAUGUGGAUGAGUCCUUGCUGCGCGCCAUGAGCUACCGCUUCUACGAGAGUGCGGAGGAGUUCUUCCCGCCACAGAUACAACAGGCAGGCAGGCAGGCAGGCCACACACAACGGGCCGACACAUUGUGGUGGGUGUGAUGUGGUGUCAGGUGCUGACCCUGUUCAGGGAUCUGUCGUACGCCGACGAGUGCGUGCUGGGCGGGCUGGUCGGCAGGUCAAUACAUUACAUUACACGAACGAACGAACCAUGUGGAUGUCUUGUCUUACCUUGGCUUGCUAGAAUGGCUCACUUUGUGUGUGGAUGUGGAUGCUUGUCGUCAGGUUGGACGACAUGCUGAUGAGGCCCUCCCCCAGGCGCAUGUACGAGCUCAUGGACGCUUACGCCGACCUGCAUAUCUCACACCCACUCGUGAGUCUACCGGGGCACUGCAUACACACAUUUGGCUGGUUUGACGCACUUUAUGAGUGUCUUGCUGCGGUGUCUGGGUAAACAGGCGCUGCAGCCGGUGCUCGACAGGGUGUCUGAUCGCAUGCAGGAGUUCACCAAGGAGCUUCCCAGGCUGCUCGCCUCCAUGGCGACCUUGCAGACGCACGACAGGCUGCUGGUGGACGGACUCGCCACACAAGUGAGUGGGCCACACGCGAGCAGCCGCUGACAAAUCUGAUUGCUUGACGGCCUUGGGUUGUUCGCUUGCCUGCAGGCGUAUUUGCAGAGGGACUACAUCAGGGACAAUUUCAUUUGGUGAGCUACGAAGGGAUGGCGCUUCAGGUUCUGAGAGAAGCUAUGUGUGUGUGCUGUCCCGUCACCACUCAGGGCGUUCGAGGCCUUCUCUCGCCACGGAUACACCCACGGCGACAUCGAACCAGCAUUCAAGCAACUGGUCACUCAACCGAGAAAGGUGAAGGCAACACACAAACGAUCGGCUCGCAACACCGUCAUCUCACCUGUCCAUCCCUGUGUGUGGGAGUAUGUAUGUUGGUGUCGGUCUGUCAUGGACGUGAGCAGCGGUGGUCGUUGGGCGAGAAGGUCGGUCUGCUGGCGGGGUGCGUGCGGAUCGGCGACCAAGAGGGGGCUGACAAAAUGAGGUCGGCACUCGAUGAGAGAACUCAACGAAUGGGAGGGCCAGGAGCAUUCCUGGACCUUCUGUGCGUGUGCGCAGGUCUGAGCUGCUAAGUGACGUCAGUGGAGACUCCGCCAAACAGUCACUGCUGCUGGAAUACAUGAAGAGGCUCCGGUGGGUGUGGUGUGCCAGUACAGACAGACACACGCAGACGAGGCACUAGUUAACCGAUCUGUCUGUGUGUGUGUGUGUAUGCAGGUUGCGUGACGCUGGGUUGGUGCGUAUGUGCGAGGAGGGCCUGGAGAUGUCCCUCCAGUCCCUUGAUGCCGUCAGGGGGCACCUGGCCCACGACAUACACGCACUCGCCAUGCUCAUUCCCACGCAACCCACACUCCUGGUCAGUCAGUCAGUCAGUCAUUCAGUCAGUCAACACACACACACGGCGCACAAAUGACCCUGACUAUGAUGUGUGUGGUCACUAACCACUCUUCCUUUCAGGCGGUGGCUAUGACGUCCCCGAUGUUGGUGCAGUCUUUGGCGCGUCUGGAUGCCAAGAAGCUGACCCUCCUACUGCACGCAGCCUGUUGCAUGCUGGUCCACGCUACAUCACAGCAACAGGGGGCUACUGAAGCGCUCGGCAUGGACAGCCACUCGGCAAUGUGGGCCGGCUUACUGACCGGCAUCGAGAGAGGCUGGAGGCAGCUAGACCUCACGCACAGGCGGAUGCUGCUCGCCGCCAUUAUCUACUUGCAGGACCAGACAGCAGUGCAGGUCUGUGUGUAUGUCUGUGUGAGAUCCACACACACACACACACGCACACCACCCUGCUGCUGUCCUUUGUGUGUACGGAUUCAGACGGAGGCCGUUCUGCCUGCUGAGGCGGUGUCAUUCAUGCGGUCCUUUCGCCAUGCGGGCGUGCCGCCCCUGCCCCCUUCCUCCCCCUCUGACUUCACCUUCAGACACGCCGAGCCGCAGACACUCGCAGGCGUCAGUGUGCUGCGAUUCCCAGACCGCUAUUCGCCCCCAGCAGCAGCAGCAGCAGCAGCAGCAGCACGAGCUGAUGGGGAAGACUGGUUCGACAAGGCCAUCUAUGACGCACUCACGAGGACCACCGAAAACGGCGGCGCACCAUCGGGUCAGCUGCCGUCGUUCGUGUUUGGUGGUGUGGACGACUGUCUGGUCGGCGACGUGAGAGGCACCACUGAUGGUAAUUGUGUGUAUCUGGAUGGUGAUGCUCGAGAGAGGAAGCUGCUGGUAGGUCCCUGGAAGCAGCUCGAGAUGGCGGCUGUGGGGUGCGAGGGGCGUCACGGUGCGGCGGGUGAUAAUGAUGUGAGGGUGUGUGUGCUGGCCACACUGCCGGGCAGCAAUGUCAAGGAGGACAAAGGGCUGCGGGUCGUUGGUGUGUGUGGAGACUGUCCAGACAGACAAACAAACGGACAGGCAGACAGACAGGCAGACAGGCAGACAAGACAAGCAGUGAGCGACUGAGAGUGGCUGUCUGUCUGUCUGUCUCCUUCCCAUGGAUUGGAUGCGUGUAUACGUAAACGGAAUGUAUGCAUUUGUACAUCGAGAGAGAAGCAAACGACCAAUCGAUCGAUCGUCGAGUCUUGAUUUACAAAGUUGGUACAAGA